GCUUCCAACAUGACUCAAAAUGGAUGUGCACUUCUCCACUAAACGGCUAUUCAGGGACUGAACGAAAACAACAAAAUCACACUAAGUCUUUGUGAGACAUCUGUUAAGGUUUCAGCCAUUUUGGACCAUAGAGAAUAAUUCCACUAUGUCAAGCUUCAGGCCUUGGUUGUGAUUGUGGCGCACACCACACGCACCUGCAUGGGGAGGAUGGAGAGCGAUUGCAGGAUCCCCAUGUCGUGUUUGAGGCCCAGAAUCCUGGCCUUGCAUGCACUCUUCUGGGUUUUGGUGUCUCUCAGAGUGUUUGGUGCAACUCUGCUGAGUGAGGAGAAGACCACAGUGGCCAGGCCGGUAACCACCCCCUGUUGGCAAAUGGAGGAGUUUGUGGUUGCAGUGGAAUGUUCCCGGUGCAACACUUUCCAGUCGAAGUCGUGGGCAGCAUGUAUUCAGACGGGAUACGUGGAGAGGAUCAACUGCACCAAGUCUAAUAAAGACGAGUACAAGAGCUGCCGCUCUACCCUGAUGGAGGAACACCUUUUCUGGAAGUUUGAAGGAGCCAUGUUGGGCCUCACCAUACUGUUCGCACUCAUAGUGGCUGCUAGGCAACGUUCGCUGGACCGGCUUGCCUCUGAGAAAGUCCGCAGGCAGAUCGAGUCCAUCUAGCACAGUACAACAGAGUGAAGAGACUAGUGGAACUCACCAUGGUGGCUCAUCUCAACAUUUCAAACUGUUAAGAAUUACCACAGCCGCUUCAUUUCAACAGCAUGGGGGUCUGGAGAACGUAAUGUCCAAUGGGCCAGACUUACUGGAAAACGGUUUCCCUUUUUCGGGGGGGGGUUUGUUGAAGUAAUUAGGCCUGACAGUAACAAGCUUAUAAAUUCAAGAUUGACAGUGAAACUUUAACCCGCCAAAGCACAAAUGAUGAACAGUGUCUGGCGUUUUGUCAAUGGAAUGAAUAUCCCUAAAGGGAAUGGCUCGCAGGAAACUUGCAGUACUUUGAUCUAGACAAAGUAAUGAACGGGAACUGACUGCAUUCUAAGUAGCAGACAACUGGUGGAUUAGUUCAAGCCACAUGCAUUUCUUUGACAUUUUUUUGUGUUUGGGGGGGGGGGGGUUUAAAAAGUGGAUUGAAACCUGUGUUGAUUAUACAAAAUUGUCUGACAAAUGCCAGAGAUGUUUCUGGCACAUGUUUCUGUUCUCUGAGAGAACCAAUAAUCUCAUCUAGUGUCAAAUGCCCUGUCUGACUUGGAAACAUGGCCUAAUAACUAGGUCUGUGACUCAAGUGGAUCUAGAAUCUGUCUUAUAGUGGGAUGAGUGUUGCAGUGUACUGUUGUAUGAGUUUCAUGCUGCAGUGCUGUUUUUCACCUCCGUGGGAUUCAUAUUUCCAAGGUUCAGUAUUGGUGUUCUGCCAAAAGUCUAUAAUCACUAGGUGUGAAAGGUGAAAAUAUUGUGUGUUUGGAGAUUCCAGGCAUGGUUCUAAACGCAGACACUGACAUUUGACUACUUUUUGAUAGAGUAUAGUGUUAUCCAAUACACACAAAUGACACACUGCACAUAUUUCUUUCUGUGUUCAUUCAUUUAAAAACUGAUGGAGAUUCACUUUUUUUGACUCCUCUAGUAGGCUCCUAGUAACUUGGGCUCUGAGCUCAGUGAUUGCCAGUAUUUUUAUGAUUUUUAUCAUGGUUUUACAUUUCAACUGUAGAUAAUGUAUUUUUAGGAAUUAUGUGACGUGUUUUCCAGCCUCAGCAACUCUCAAAGAGUUGAAUUCUGCAAGAAUAAAUGGAGAAUCGGAAAACACUUAAUCUGGGUUUUUGUUGUAAUUAAAUAGGGUAACACUUGACACCCAGCGACAUGACACUGUCAUAACAGUUGAUAUAAUCUGUUAUAUGGUCAUGACGUAUACAUUUACGCCUGUUGCGACAUAUUGCAUGGCUGGUUAUGACACAAGUGUCAACCCACAUUUAUGCAAAUGUUUUUCUUAACCCCGCCCAGAAUUUCUUUCGUUUGAAAGUUUGUUUCUUAACUCUUGUUGUAAUGAAUUCUUUAGUCAUGUUUUUUCCCCAUUUGAAAUAACUUGCAGAUAAUAAACUUUAUGACACUGUCAUGAAACA